GCAAAGCGGCGGCAGAGGCCAACAAAUUUCGCCGUCCAAAUUACUCACACUAAGAAGUUCGAGCAUGAAUAGUGUGUGUGCCGACCACUGGUUUACUGGGAAACGCAUCCCUCUCUUUCGUCCUUCGUCUGGCUGUCCCUGCCUCUCGCCGCCACUGUUAUUUUCUCCAACAACAUGCUAGCUCGGAAUGUUAGAAGGCUCAUUUUGAUUGCCAAAGGACAAAGAUUUGUCGCUGGCACUAAUUCCUUAUGUUAACAAAUAGAGCGAUGAGUUACAGCGGGCAAAAUAAACUAUCUUGCCACUGUAGGGAGAAGUAAAGAAACGAUUUCUUGCAGGCUCUUUAGAAAAUAUAUUUCACAAUAUAUUUAAAUGCCUGCGAAAACAUCAGUACCAUGUAUAUACUUCUGAACUUUAGGCCCAAUGUGCCAAAUACACAAAGGCACAUCAAAAAUGGCUUAGAGAAGAAGAAGCAGCCCCGCGUGUCGUCAUCCCCUCCCACAAAACUCUUGAAUGUAUUGAAAAAUGCAGAAAUUUGUUGUUUGGUUUUUAGCAACUCAUUUUUUUUUUGUUGGUUAUUGUUUAUUGGUUUUUACUCACUGCUGAAAUGUUAAUAACAGCCCUCGUUACUGUUGUGGGCACUCUCUCUCUCUCUCUUUUAUUUUUUUGUGGUUUCAAUGAAAGUGCGCCACAAAGCUGCAAAUCGAAAUUCGUAAUGAUUUCAUUUGAAUUUUAAACGAGAACAAACAUAAAACUUAUGAAUUUCAAUGGAGCAAAAGAAAAUCAAAAUAAAAACAAUAAAUGAAACUGAAAUGUAUGCAAAACGAGUUAUGAAAUGAGAAUGAGAGAGCUAAAGGAAGUGUGCGAGAGAGAAAGAGCGCUAGUUACAAUAUUUGAUUUUGUACGAAUUUCUCGUAAACUUAACUAGGCGUACAAUAGAUAAAUUAACUAAAGAUACCAAAAAAACACAACUAAAAGGAGGUAAAGAAAGAAAAAUCAAAAAGUAAAAGAAUGAAAUGAAAAAAUAUCACCUUUUUUGUCGCUUCUCUGUCUCGUUCUCUCAGCUUUGCACGUUUACUCUCUUUUGAGGCUUUGUGGUUGUCGCUGCUCUCUCUCCCGUCCGCUCUCUCACACUCUUAGUUGCUGCGCUAUCUCUUUCUUUCCCGUUGCCUUGCAGCGGAGCUCUGCUGCCGUCUCGCUUGCACUUGCGCUCCGCUGCUCUGCUUCUGCCGCCGAAUUCGCUGUUAACUUCGUGCUGCCCUCUGCUGUUUUGUGGUUUUUGCUUUAAUGUUUUCUUUAACGAUUUUACACACUUUUUGAUUGAACGUACUACUUAGUUAUUCGCUUGAUACGCUCGUGAUUGAACUGUUUUCGUUAUAUACUCUCUAAACUGACAAAAGGGGAGUUUAAAAAGGGGGCAUACCCGAGUCAAUCUAAAUUUGGAGCAAGCAAGACAAGAUGAGACGACCCCGGCGAAUUGGCACGGCGAGAGCGAAGCGCGGCGAAAACGGCACACUGGCAUUGGCCAUGGCAGCAAUUGUCGCCCGCCUUCAUUGUGUGAGUCGCGAUAAACGCGAGCGAAACGGGCGGCGCGUCGCGACUGAAAACCUCGUACCGGACAACGCACACUAGCACACCAAAACUAUAUACAUAUACGGGCGAGAGAGCGCAUGCUCUCCGCCACACACACGUUGUUCUUCGUUCGCUUUUGUGGCGCCGCGCGAGUUUUGUCGCAGCAGCAAACACGCAAUAAAAGUUCAAAAACAGUUGAAGUAUACCGCGACGCGAGUAAAAAUCUUUCCUUCGACGUCGUCGCUGUUCGUUUGUAGUAGUUGUUGUUUUUGUUAUGUGUCUGCUUUUCCGCGAAUUUUCGUGUGCAUUUAUAUACAUGCGUAUAUAUAUGCAUAUAUGACAAGCGAAAAGGUAAAAAAAAAAAAAAAAAAACUUGGAACGGCGUAAACGCAAAAGUUAGGAAAAUGUGUGCCAAAUGUCUAGGAAACCCCCCUUAUUUUCUUUUUGUUUAAAUUAAUCCGCAUAUCAUGGUGUGCUGCGGCUGCAAGUCAUUUUGUGUUGCUCGCCGACAUUCUUGCUUGCUCCAAAAAAAGUGUGAGUUUUUGAGUUGUUUUCGUUGCGUUUUGUUGUUGCAUUAUUAUUGAAUAUUUGUCAGUAUCGGUACCAGAGGUGAAUGUAGAUGACCAAAAAUAAAUUCUGAGAGCACAAGUCUGAGCACACACGAUACGUCUCGUCUCUUCGUUUGGCCGUUUCACUUUGAGCAGCGUGACCGUGGUGCGUCGUUAAAAUAUGCCCGACACUCCAUGCCAAACGAUCCCUAGCGCGUUGUGCAGUGUUCCGCAAAAAUACUAAAAUACCCCGAAGCCGAAACUCGGAAAACUUGGGAAACUCGGGUAGCGUCGUUGACUUCAGUUCAAUGUUUAAAUGCAACUUUAACACUCAGAGUUAACUGCUUCCAAAUUUCCCCAACAAAUCACACAAAUAAAAAGGAAGUUCUUUUAAAAAUGCGCCACAAUACAAUGCAUCGCUAACAUACCAAUGCAGGCGAUUUCCGCAGACUCGAACCGACUUAAAAAAACAGCUGUGCCUUUUUCAAAUGUUUUGCACGUUCUUUGUUAGAGUUAGACCUUCAUUUGUAGGUAAAAGACUACCAGUUAAUAACAUAAUUCCGAUAGAGAUGGACUGCAUUGUUUUUAAUAUAUAUAUAUAUAUACAUCGAACAACACAAAUAAAUAUAAUAGCCGUAUUUGGCUCAUGAGAAAAACGUGGUACGUUACUCAAAAAAUACCAGAUGUUGGUUUACCGCAGUCACGAACCCAUUUGACAAAACAGCUGUGUUUUUCUUAAAUGUAUAUAUGUAUAUAUAUAUAUUUCUGUUUGAGUUGCAGGUUCUAUCUGCUGCAGGUCCGUCAUCUAUUUAAAAACUAUGCUAUCCGUGCGGUCUGACUUGUUUGAGCGAUAUAAGUUUUAAAUUUCAAGUUGGUUCCCGCCAAGGUUCAAGACUAAUAUGCUCUUGCGACGACAACCAAUUGUAUUGUAAAAAUAAGAAACUAACAAACGGCGACACAACAUACACGUGCCGCGUUAAAUCCUGUAAAGCGCGAGUAUAUCUGACGGAGGACGAAAGACCACCUAUGUCACAGCCAUGGAGCCCAAGAUCUCAAGUUGAAAAAAAUCAAUGCGAUCGAGGAAAUCAAAAACAGGUGCGCAAGCUCACCGACAAGAAAACGGAUCUCAUACAGAUUUUCAACGACGUUAUGGAAUACACCCAGGAAGGAGCUGAAAUUGAAAUUUCGUACGAUAAUUGCAGACGGACAUUGCAACGUAAAAGAAAGGAAUUCGGAAAUCUAAAAUUCCAGGGCAAACGCUACACAAAAAUCUAAAGUAAUGUGAUAAUGGAUGACAAUGAAAUGGUUGAGCCGACACUGCGCCUAAAUGAGUUAUUCCACAAGCAAAGACAUUUUCCAUUGGGUACAAAUAGAUAAGAUAAGAUAAGCCUUGUUUUUAAAAACAAGAAGCAAAAACAAGCUGAUGACUUCUAUGAAGUUAAACCAAUUAUACCAAUAACUGUAAUAAAAUGUAUUUAUUUACAAAUGAGUCUGAA